AUGGCGAAGGAGCAGGCUGAAGAAGCCGCGCGUCGUCAGUCGGCGUUAUUCGUCAUCCCUUUGAGCUCCGCGCCGCCACCACCAGAGUUUGUGGCACCGACUGGGGGUACCAGCGAUGAGCACCUGAUCAUGGAGAGGGAAGGCGGCGACGUCGUUAUGCCAGACGUGGUCGUGCCUUCACCACCGCCGUCUGGAGGAGCGCGGGAUAAGCAGCCGGCUGACCCGCCGGUGCCACCAGCCGGAGACGAGAUGGUGACGGGCCCGACUCCUGGGGCCCUCACACCGACGCGCCGUCGCUUUGCAAAGGCGGCCUCAGCGCCACGGCCACUGGAAGCUAGCGCCGCGAGAUCUUCGAUCCCGGACGCCGAGGCGACCAGUUCCGCACCCGCUGAUUGGGUGCGGGCUGGCGGGACGGGCGCUUUGAAUCAGGCGAUCUUGGACGUCCAAGGCAAACUCCGAGCCGAGGACGACGCCCUGAAGCGGUGCAACCAAGCGUUCCUAGAGUCGCGAGCCGCCGUCCGGGAUUACCAUAACCUUCGCGCGGCCGGCUUCAACUCCAAAGUCCAGGAGUUGAAUCAACGGACCACCGACUUGUCGGAAAGCCGGAAGGCCAACGUUGCCCUGCAGCAGCAGCUGGGUGAAGCCAACACCACACUACGUGCCAAGGAAGCGGACUGCAGCAAGCUGGCCGAGGAGCGUGACCGGCUGACCAUGCAACUGGCGGAACAGGCGGAGCUUCUCAAGAAGACCCCAGAAGGAGGCGGCGGAAAAGGAGCCCAAGAGGAGCUGGUGGCGGUGGAGCGUGAACUUGUCCAGCGGGCAGCGGCGAUCGCCGAGUACACCAAUACCAGUAUCUUUGUCCCAGAGCAGGCUGAGAAUGGCACCGAGGCGCCGCCAGAGUGGUUCGGGCUGAACCCGGAGGAUGGCGAGGACUCGGCCGAAGUGAUCGAUUCCAGCGACGAAGGGGAAGGCGAGGAGGACGAGGAAAGUGAAGACGAGGCGCUAGAGGUCGGAGCGGACGGCCAGCCUCAGCUUGACCGUGCCUCGAGCAACGAGCCGCGCUCGAGUGCACCGACUGCUGCUGGAGGCGACCAAGCGGAGACUGACCAGCCGUCCACUCCACCAACCGGCACCACCGACUCCGCCAACCAGCCUGCCCCCUAA